AUGGCAGCCAAGCUGAUUGAGAGACAGUUCCAUAACGUGUCCGGGAAGCUGCGCGUCGCCGAGCUAUUCUUCGAUGUCCCUGUCGACUACAGCAAGCCAAAUGGGACCACCCUGAGGCUGUUUGCACGAAGCGUGGCUCGCUUCAACAAACCAGUUGAACCCACCAAGGAUGAGGGCAAGCUACCCUGGCUAGUCUAUCUUCAAGGUGGCCCCGGCUUUGGAUGUGGUGCCCCGCAGAACUACGGUUGGGUUGAACCCGCUCUGAGCAAAGGAUACCAAGUUCUUUUUCUUGACCAGCGAGGUACUGGCCUUAGCUCGACUAUCACAGCCGGAACCCUUGCCCGCCAGGGAGACGCCAUCAAGCAGGCCGAGUAUCUCAAGCACUUCCGAGCCGAUAACAUCGUUCGUGAUUGUGAAGCGAUCCGUCAGUGUUUGACCGAUGACUAUCCUGAGGAUCAGCGCAAAUGGAGCAUCAUUGGCCAAAGCUUCGGUGGUUUCUGCGCUGCCACUUACUUGUCCAAGUUCCCGGGGAGUCUGAGAGAAGCUUUUCUUACUGGCGGAUUGCCACCUCUUGUGAGCGAGCCAGACCCAGUCUACUCGCGUACUUACGAAAAGGUUGCGGAAAGAAACCAAGCCUAUUACGCUAAAUUCCCCGAAGAUGUUCAGAAAGUCAAGAAGAUCAUGCAGUACUUGACGACAAACAAAGUUCCGUUGCCAAGCGGAUGGUUGACUCCAGCUCGGUUCCAACAGCUUGGUAUUAUGUUCGGUUUUCAUGGUGGUCUCGAUUCUUUACAUGAAAUUGUCCUUCGAGCCUGGAAUGACUUGGAGAUGUUCGGGUCUCUCACUGUUCCUACCCUCGCCAUAAUUGAUGGGAACGGCGGGAUGGACAAGAACAUUAUUUAUGCCGUUUUGCACGAGUCAAUCUACUGCCAAGGAAAACCAUCACGCUGGGCGGCGGACAGACGCCGCACAGCAAGUCCACAGUUCCAGAUUUCUGACUCACAACCCGAGAUCUAUUUCACCGGAGAGAUGGUUUUCAAGGACAUGUUUGAAUCAUACACAGAACUAAAGCAAGUCCAAGAGGUUGCCGAUAUUCUCGCUACCACAAGUGAUUGGCCUGCCCUGUAUGAUGAGGCACAGCUAGCCAAGAACGAGGUGCCCGUUUACGCGGCCACGUACAUCGAUGAUAUGUAUGUGCACUUUGAUCUGGCUUCCAAUACUGCCGCCAAGAUCAAGGGCACUAAGCAGUUUAUUACCAACACUAUGUACCAUGACGCACUGCGCAGCAAGUCGGGCGAGAUCAUGCGCCAGCUUUUCAACCUUCGGGAUGACUCCAUCGACUAG